AUGGGAUCUAAUGCUUCAAAGAUUUCUGAUUCUGCUCUUCGUUUUACCGAUGUUGGCACCAUACCACAACGAAUGCUCGCUCCAAUUGAAGGAUACGAAAAUACGCCACUUGUAUCAUUAGAAGAAGCUAUUAAACCACUCGUCAGCAUCGUACCUAAAGUCGAACGGAAUGUAUAUCUUGUUAAAGAAAAUUGUAAAAAUCCCGAAGAUGGUUUAACAAGUGAUGAAUCAGGAUCUAUUAUGCUUUAUACUUUGGAAUCGAUGCCACAUGAAAAUUCGCUCUACGUCAUUUUGAAUGACACCUUACGAUCGGCUGAUCGGCAAAAGCUCGUUCCAUGGUUUCAUUAUCUUCGCUUAAUAUUAACAGCAUUAGAACGCUUACCAUCCGAACGUCGUUUCGUUGUACGUGGAAUACGGAAAGAUCUGACAGCAGAAUAUCCAGAAGGUCAUACAUUUGUUUGGUGGGGUUUCUCAUCAUGUACAUCGUCUGUCAAAGUUCUUGAAUGCGAAUUAUUUUUUGGUAAAAAAGGAACACGAACUCUAUUUCAAAUCGAUUGUGAAACGGGAAAAGAUAUUAAAAAACAUUCAUUCGUACAGAAAGAAGAUGAAAUUCUUCUAUUACCUGCUCGACAAUUUCAAGUCACAUCGUGUCUUGAUUCUGGCAAUGGACUUCACAUUAUACAAUUGAAAGAAACACAACCACCAUUUUCUCUUCUCGAGCCAAUUACUUUGCCGAGCUCAUCAAAACAACCACUUAAACCCAUCAAUAUUCUACAUCAGCCAGUAAUCGAACAAACUCCAUUGAUCGAACCAAAAAAAGCACCGACACUAUCACCACCUGAAUACAAAAACGCAGAAUUGGAAAAAGAGAUUAAUGAAAAGAAAAACGAGAAACAGUUAUCAUUUGAUUAUAAAGUAUUGAAUCAUCAGGAUAUGGAAAUUGUGUCUUAUUAUGGAGUUGCAACUAAUAAGCAGGUACUCACUGUGCUUAACCUUUCCCAAAAGCAGAUCAAUGAUCAAGGUGUUCAAUAUCUUGCCAAUGCUCUUAUCAACAAUAAUACGCUCACCGUACUCUUUCUUCAAGGAAAUCAAAUAGAAGACGUUGGCGCGAAAUAUUUAUCUAUUGCUCUCUUGAGUAACACGACGCUUGUCACACUCAAUCUUGAUCAAAAUCGAAUCGGUGAUGUCGGUGCACAGUAUCUGGGCAAUAUGGCCAUUAAUAAUAGGACUCUAACCCACUUAAGCUUGUACAACAAUCCAGGUUCCUUUUGUGUUAUUGUCAAUGAUAUGAUGUCAUUUAAACGAGAUAAAUCAGUCUCUAGUUUUUAUGUCAGUGACCACAAAUUAGAUGAUCAAGGUAUUCAACUUAUUGGUAAUCUUCUCAAAACCGAUACGACACUUAGCUCACUCACUUUGCGUGGUAGUGAAAUCGGAGAUCGAGAGAUACAAUAUCUUGCUACUGCUCUUUUGGACAAUACAACAUUGGAUGAACUUGAUCUCGAACGAAAUCUUAUUGGAGAUCAAGGCGCACAAUAUUUAGGAAAAGCUUUCGAGAAAAACAAUAGACUUGUCGAACUCAAUCUGAGUGAAAACCGAAUUGGAGAUCAAGGUGCGCUAUAUCUUGCAAAUACUUUCAAAAAAAAUACCAGACUCACAAAACUUGAUCUUUCGAAGAAUCGCAUUGGAAAUCAAGGAGCACAAUAUCUAAAUGAUGCAUUCGAAAAAUCUACAGCUCUGAUUGACCUAGAUUUAGAUGAAAAUCCUGGAUCUUUCUGUGCAACCGUUUCUGCUCUUAUUUCUCUGAAAAAUAAUAAAACAGGCACCAGAUUGUAUCUUAGUGAAAAGCAAGUGACCGAUCAACAUAUACAGACUAUUGUUGACGCUCUCAGAAAUAAUAAAACUAUAACACGUAUUUCCCUAUCUGAUAAUCAGAUCGGUGAUCAAGGUGCCCAACGUCUUGCUGAUUUUAUUAAAAACAAUACAUCACUAACUGAUCUUUGGCUUGAUAACAAUCGGAUAGGGGAUCAAGGAGCGCAAUAUUUGUUAAACGCUCUCGCAAACAAUAAAACACUUACCACAUUGAAACUGUAUGGCAAUCCUAGUUCUCUUUGUUGGGCACUCGAUGCUGCUAUAUCUAUCAGACACGAUGAGAAGUGUACCCGUGUAUAUCUUCAUGAAACACAAAUUACAGAUCAAGGAGUGCAAAUCAUUGCUGAUGCUCUCAAAAAUAAUCUGACAGUUGAAAGUCUUAAUCUCGAUGGCAACCAAAUCAGUGAUUACGGAGCACGAUAUCUUGCCAAUGUUUUGUUAAACAACGAUACGCUCACUGAACUAAGUUUCAAAGAUAAUCCGGGUCGUAUCUGCGAAUUUGUUGGCGCUGUUAUAGAUAUUAAACAGGAUAAAGGAUCUAGUUUCCUCAUAUUCAAUGAAAUAGGACUCAACGAUCAAGACAUAUAUUAUUUAUCCCAAGCUCUCUUAGCAAACACGAAGGUUCGAACUGUUUCUCUGACGGACAAUAGAAUUGGCGAUCAAGGUGCACAACAUCUAGCCAAUGUCAUAGAAAGCCAUCCAACAAUUCAAUCGCUGCUACUUACGAAUAAUCGAAUCGGACAAAAAGGAGCAGAAUCUUUGAUUAAUGCGUUGCGACUGAGUAGCACACUGACAACUCUUCGACUCGAUGGAAAUAAUAUUCCAUCUAAUGUAUUAGCGCGGUGGAAGCAAGACAAUGACAUAAGGCGCAUACUAUUCGGUGGCGGUUUGCCAUUUAAAUGGAAAUCACAUGCUAAUAGUGGAUAUCAAUGA